CAUUAGCCGGUUUCAAAAUCUCUGCUCUCUACUCUACCCUUAUCCUCUUUCCUCCUCAUAAACCCUUCUCUUUCCCCUUUGCUUCUUCACUCAAUACCCUAGAGAGUAGAUAACACACCAUACACCAACUAUGUCUUGUGUUACCAAACCCUUAACCAAGACUUUAUCCAUGGCAACCAAUGGUUGCCUUAUCUCUCUCCCUCCUUUCUUCACCACCACCAAAUCCCUUUCUUUUCUUUCCACCCCAUUAAAACCUAUCUCCCUUUCUUCCUCAUUCUCCCCUUCAUUAUCCCUUAAAAAGAACACCACAAAAUUCCCAACUUUUGUUUCUGUUCAAGAAGAUGACAGCCCCAUUGUUCUUGAUGACCAAGAACAAAGUGGGGAAUCUUUUAGUUUGGAUUUUGAAGGUGGCGGUGAACAAGAAGAAGUUGUUGUUGAUGAUGAAGGUGAGGUUGAGGAGUAUCAAGAACCUUCUGAGGAUGCUAAAUUGUUUGUUGGGAAUUUACCUUAUGAGAUUGAUAGUGAGGGGUUGGCUCAGCUUUUCCAACAGGCUGGUGUUGUUGAGAUUGCUGAGGUUAUUUACAAUAGGGAGACUGAUAGGAGCCGUGGAUUCGGGUUUGUUACGAUGAGCACUGUCGAAGAAGCUGAGAAAGCUGUGGUGUUGUUAAACCGUUAUGAUCUCAAUGGAAGGCUCUUGACAGUCAACAAAGCUGCUCGAAGAGGUGAACAGCCAGAACGUCCACCUAGAACAUUUCAGCCUACUUACAGAAUCUAUGUUGGCAACAUCCCAUGGGACAUUGAUGAUGCACGCCUUGAGCAAGUCUUCAGUGAACAUGGCAAAGUAGUAAGUGCUCGAGUGGUUUAUGACAGAGAGUCUGGACGGUCACGAGGCUUUGGUUUUGUGACAAUGUCAAGUGAAGCUGAGAUGAGUGAAGCAAUCGCCAACCUUGAUGGACAGAAUUUGGAUGGGAGGACAAUCAGGGUAAAUGCUGCUGAAGAAAGACCUAGGCGCAACAUGUAUUGAUUUUGAUCAUACAUUUGUUUGUUAAUUGACCAGAUUUUCAUUGAACGUCUUUAAUUUAGCUCUCUUUCUUGUAUGUUUUUAUAUUUGAGUACUUAUAUAGGCACGGCAACUUCUUUUU